AUGGAGCAGGCUUCAAAUGUUGGUGACACUCGAAACAUGUACCAAAUCAUCUCCCAAGUUAGUGAUAAGCCCGGACACUGUGAUUCUGUUCGCAAUGUGAAUAGCGGCUUUAUUUCCGACAGCUCGGUCAAGGUCGAUCGCUGGCGUGAACACACCAAGCACUUCCUCAACUUUGAUGCAAAAACCAUCACAUUCUCCCUUUCCUCCACAGCGGAGUUUCAACGCUCACCAGCCUGCGCAGUGUCGUGUGAACUUUUCGAAGUUGCCGAUUCAAUGCAGGGGCUGCGCAAUAACAAGGCGUGCGGAGAAGACUAUAUUUCCGCAGAAAUCAACAAGUCUUGUGUCGAAAUUCUGGCUCACCGGCUUCAUGAGAUGAUUGGACAAGCGUGGCGAGACGAGGCCGUUCCCGAUGACUGGGCCUCAGGCACCCUUGUACCUGUAUACAAGAAGGGAGAUAAGACAACUUGUGGGAACUACCGUGGCAUAAGUCUUAUUGACGUUGCUGCAAAGAUCUUCGCCAUUGUUCUUCGCAGUCGGUUCCAGCCUGUACGUGACUCCAGGGCGCGGCCCAACCAGGCCGGAUUUCGCACUGGGCAUGGAUGUGCGGACCAGAUAUUUACGCUGAGUCGCAUUCGGGAAUUCCGUUAUAGCUACCAGCAACCGACGGCCGUUUGCUUUGUCGACUACCGUGACUCCAUGCGGCGAAUAAUAGAACUAGGUGGAGUACCGAACUAA